UGCAAAACAUACGGUUUAUAAAGCGUUGAAAUGUUUUGUUUAUAUUUUUGUUGAUUUAAUUCAGAAAUCAAUGUAAAUGUCAUUCAAGUGUUUGUCACUCAACACAACCCUUAUUAUCAUUGCAUAGAAGUGUAGUCUUAGUGGACAAGAAUCGGGUGAUGGACUCAAUCCCAUCGCUGGCCAAAGAGGCAGUUCUGGUGAAGAGUCACGCGAAGUGUGCGGACAAUGACUCGUCGGUGGAUCAGAACGGAAGACACGCAUCGAUGGCAUCCAUUCUGGACUCAUAUCCCACUCAAGUGAUGGGCUAUGACUUCAACCAAGGGAUCAAUCACUCGGCGCUACUCCAGACAUAUCUGACCACCGGUUUCCAGGCGACCAACUUUGGACUCGCUGUACAACAGAUCGAGACUAUGCUGAAGAGUCGCGACGAGCCAUACGAAGAGGACCUCUUGGAAAGCGAUCCGUUUAUUCGCCGAAAGAGCGGAUGCACUAUAUUUCUGGGCUACACAUCAAACAUGAUAUCUAGUGGUGUGAGGGAUACCAUCAGGUUUCUGGUCCAACACAAAAUGAUUGAUUGCAUUGUGACCACCGCUGGCGGCGUAGAGGAAGACAUAAUCAAAUGUUUGGGUGAGACAUAUGUCGCCGACUUUAACAUAAGCGGCAGUCGUUUGAGAGACGAAGGGGUCAACAGAAUCGGCAAUCUAUUGGUUCCGAACGAUAAUUACUGUAAGUUUGAGAAUUGGGUUCAACCGGUUCUCAACCAAUUGCUGAGCGAACAGAAAGACAGCCAACAGAUA